CUCCGCAGAUGCCGCCUGGUCCCAGCUAUCCUGCUAGGUGUUCAGUUUUCGGGUUGGGAGGGGGUCCCACUUUGCUGUCCCAGAGACAUUGCAGCGAUGUCUGCGCUGAGACCUCUCCUGCUUCUGCUGCUGCCUCUCUGUCCCGGUCCUGCACUGGGACCCGGGAGCGAAGCAAAGGUCGUCCGGAGUUGUGCAGAAACACGGCAGGUGCUGGGAGCCCGGGGAUAUAGCUUAAACCUUAUCCCUCCCUCCCUCAUCUCAGGUGAGCACCUUCAGAUCUGCCCCCAAGAGUACACCUGCUGUUCUAGCGAGACAGAGCAGAAGUUGAUCAGGGACGCUGAGGGAACCUUCCGUGGCCUGGUGGAAGAUAGUGGCUCCUUUCUGGUUCACACACUGGCUGCCCGGCAUAGAAAGUUUAAUGAAUUUUUUCGGGAGAUGCUCUCCAUAUCCCAGAAUUCCUUGGCCCACCUCUUUUCGCACUCCUAUGGUCGACUGUAUUCCCAGCAUGUCCUCAUCUUCAAUGGCCUGUUCUCUCGCCUGCGGGACUACUACGAGAAGUCUGGUGAGGGGUUGGAGGACACCUUGGCAGAUUUCUGGGCACAGCUCCUGGAGAGAGCCUUCCCCUUGUUGCACCCACAGUACAGCUUCCCCCCUGACUUCCUGCUCUGCCUCACUCGGCUCUCUUCCACCACUGAUGGCUCUCUGCAGCCCUUCGGGGACUCACCUCGCCGCCUCCGCCUGCAGAUAACCCGGGCCCUGGUUGCUGCCCGGGCCUUUGUCCAAGGUCUGGAGACUGGAAGAAAUGUGGUCAGUGAAGCACUUAAGGUACCCAUGACUGAAGGCUGCAGGCAGGCUCUGAUGCGGCUGAUCGGCUGCCCACUUUGCCGGGGCGUCCCCUCGCUCAUGCCCUGCCGGGGCUUCUGCCUCAAUGUGGCCCACGGCUGUCUCAGCAGCAGGGGACUGGAGCCUGAAUGGGGCGGAUAUCUAGAUGGCCUCCUGCUGCUGGCCGAGAAGCUCCAGGGGCCCUUUUCCUUUGAGCUGGCUGCGGAGUCCAUCGGGGUGAAGAUCUCCGAGGGUCUGAUGCACCUGCAGGAGAACAGUGUCAAAGUGUCAGCCAGGGUGUUUCAGGAAUGCGGGACUCCGCAUCCCGGGCAGUCCCGCUACCGCAGAGCACCUGCGCCCCGGGAGGAGGCGAGCCGGCCGUGGAGGGCGGCGGCCGAGGAGGAGCGGCCCACGACGGCGGCGGGCACCAACAUGCACCGGCUGGUGCAGGAGCUCCGCGAGCGGCUGGGCCGAGUGCGGGGCUUCUGGGCCGGGCUGCCGCUGACGGUGUGCGGGGACUCCCGCAUGGCUGCGGACAUCUCGCAGGAGUCGGCUCCCUGCUGGACCGGAGUUGGGAGAGGCCGGUACCUGUCGCCCGUGGUCGUGGGCUCCCUCACCGAGCAGCUCCACAACCCCGAGUUGGAUGCUCCUGGGCCAGACGUUCCGACCAGGCGGCGGCGACUGCACCUCCGGGCGGCUACGGCCAGGAUGCGGGCCGCGGCGCUGGGCCAGGACUUGGACAUGCGCGAUGCGGAUGAGGACGCCAGCGGUUCUGGAGGGGGACAAUACGCAGAUGACUGGAAGGCUGGGACUGCACCUGUGGUCCCCCCAGCCCGGCCUCCAAGGCCACCUCGCCCUCCUCGAAGGGACGGUCCUGGGGGCAAAGGAGGAGGCGGCAGCGCCCGCUACAAUCAGGGCAGGAGCAGGAGUCGGGGGACAGCUGUUGGUCUCCACAUCCCACCUGUCAUAGUUCUCUUCCCCUCAGCCCUGUGCCUGCUUGGACCUCGAUAACAGGGGAGGGGCGCCCUAGCAGUAGAAAGGUUAAUGGCCUUUUUCCCUCCACCCACCCUUAGCUGAGGUUGGGGAAAGGCUGAAGGGGGGCCACAGAGAGGAUAGAAAAGGGACUUUGUGGGUGAAUGGCUGGGGCCCCAAAUCCAAGAGUUUCUCAUCGGUGGGUUGAGGGGGGUUAGGUGGGUGUUCACAAUAUUUAUUUUUUCAUUUGGGAACCAAGGGUAUUUAUUUUGGAAUGAGCUGUGCAGUCUCAGCCCUCUACAGCUGGGGUUUGAUGCAAGAACGGGGGCAGUUGACAUUGGGGAGAGGAUUGAAGUAUAUUGGAAGUGUGGAGAAGUGGAACUGUAAUGGGGGGAGGUUCCUGAUGUCAAAAGUGAACAGAUCCUAGCUGAGCAUAAUGCCAUGUGUCUGUAACCCCAGUAUUCCAGAGGCUGAGGCAGGAUGGAGAGUUGGAAAUCAGCAUACACACACACACACA